CCAACCCGAACCCAAACCCUCGUCCUCGACGCCGCCCUCUCUCUCCCUCCCCGCCGCCACCUCCCCUCCCUCGCUCCAUCCCUCCUCUCAGCCUCCCCGCCGCCUCCCCUCCCCUUGCCCUCUCUGCCUGCCUUCGACGCGACGCGUAAGCUCGGCGCUGAGGUCCACGACGGUGGGGGUCAGCGAGAGGGAGAGCGGGAGCGGGGCGCGGAGAUGGAAGACGUGCGGGAAGAGGCGGAGGAAGUUCGGCAGCGCGAGCGGCUCGGGGGAGGCCGGCAGCGCGUCGACCAGCGGCGAGCAUCCCUCCGCCUCCGCCUACUCCGUCCCGGGCAGGUAGCGACCCCGACGCGCCGCGCCGACCAUGGUCAAUACGCUGCGGUUGUACCUCACUUGCAUCCGGAACACUCUGGAGGCGGCGAUGUGCCUCCAGAAUUUUCCUUGCAAGAAGUUGAGAGGCAACAACAAACCAGAGGUGGAUCUCAAGUAAUAAGUCGUGCUGCAAACAGGAAUUUUCAGUUAUUUUGUUUUGUGAAUUGUGAUGUACCACAUUUGUCUGACCGAUGCUCCAAAGAGUUGUUAGUGCAUUGGUAUUCAGUGUGUGAUUAUUGUCAGUGUCAUGUUGCGUUAGCAACCUUGCUCCUGUACAGUGUACACAUAGUAAAAUAUGCCCGUUUCUUUUUAUCUUUGGCACAUUUCUGGGCUCUGGUGCACUUUACUCUACGAAUCUUGUCAUGCUAGAAGUAUGAAUAAAUUUCCCUGAUUAACUUCAAGUGGAGAUUGCAAACGUUAAAAGAAACCAUCCCCACUGUCUGUAUUAUUUCUCUCGAACCAAGAACUGUGCUUAUAGAACUGUAAUCUCAUUCAAUGUC